AUGGCUAUUCAAGCUCAAUACCCAUCAAAUUUUCUUGUCAGUAGCAACGCACAACAAGGCAACGAUUAUUCAUUGCAACCAUCUCAAUCUGGAGGACAAUUUCUUGAUAAUACACCCGUGUUCUUCGAUGGGACUAAUAAUCCACAAAAUAGAAGUGGAGCAUUUGAUAAUGGUAGCACAAUCACAAAUAGAAUUCCUAGAAAUCCUUCAGCUGAAUUUGAUACUGGCCUUCACUUAUCCUUUGGAAUCCAGAAACAAUUGCAAAGUUCACAAUCUGCUAAUUCGUUUUCAAUAAUGGAUCAAAACUUGAGUCACUACGUUAAACAACAGCGCAAUGAACUCCAGCAUCUCCUCCAAGCACAGGGGGAGCAAGUGAGGCACAAGUUAGCUGAAACAAGGAAGAGACACUACAGUGCGCUGUUGCAGGCAGCGGAGGACUCGGCGGCGCAAAGGCUGAGAGAGAAAGAGGCGGAACUGGAGAAGGAGGCCCAGCUAAACUCCGACCUGGAAGCGCGGGCGGCACAGCUAAAUGCUGAAGUGAAAACGUGGCAGGCUAGGGCGAGGGAGCAGGAGGUCACGGCGGCGAUGCUACAGGCGCAGUUGCAGCAGGCUAUGAAGGGGCACCAUGUACGGAAGCUAGGAUGCGCCGUGGGUGAUGUGGACGAUGCGGAGUCGGCGUUCAUUGACCCGGACCGAGUUGUUGAGUUGACUGGGCCGAGCUGCAGAGGGUGCCGGCGGCGGGACGCCUCGGUGGUGGUGUUACCGUGUCGGCAUUUUUGUCUGUGUAGAGAGUGUGACAGCAUGGCUCAAAUUUGCCCGAUUUGCUACUCGUACAGAAGUUCGAGCGUUGAGGCCUUGCUUUCCUAA